ACUUGACCGUUCGCCAUGGUUGCUGUUUAGCUUGUGCAAAGCUCUGUUGCAAUGCACCCAGAAGCUCCGCUGAACUUUGACCCCUAGAAAGUGAGAACAGCUCUGUCUGUCAUUCACCUUAACAGGCUGGCAGGAGAAAGGAUGACGUUUGAUGCAUUUGUCUGACAUUUUUGCCGAGGAGAGGAGUAAGGCUGAUAAGGGGGGGUAAGCUCUCAUAUAUUUCCACUCGGGAGCAGAGUAGUCCUGUACAGUGCUGCAGACCUCUAAUCCACAGCACCUGCCACGGUCUGCAGAGGGGCCUUUUCAAGCUUCUGAAAGCUCUUAUUACUGAUGCUGGGCCAAAGCACCAUGUUGAGUAAAGAUCUUCCAGACAUUGAGAGCAUCCUGGCCCUGAAUCCCAGGGUGAAGACUCAUGCUCAGGUCAUAUCCACAGCCAGUAAAAAGAAAGAAAAGAAACACUGGAAGAGAAACCCUGAAAGGAACUGUGAUUCCUGUGUGAAGUUAGAGAACAACUUUGAUGACAUCAAGCAUACAACUCUGAGCGAGCGAGGAGCUCUGAGAGAAGCACUGAGGUGUCUGAAAUGUGCUGAUGCUCCCUGUCAGAAGAGCUGCCCAACUAACCUGGACAUCAAGUCAUUUAUUACCAGUAUCUGCAGUAAGAACUAUUAUGGGGCAGCGCGGGCCAUUCUAUCUGACAACCCUCUGGGUUUGACCUGUGGGAUGGUUUGUCCCACGUCUGAGCUGUGUGUAGGGGGCUGCAACCUGUAUGCCUGUGAAGAAGGACCCAUUAACAUUGGAGGGUUACAGCAGUUUGCUACUGAGGUGUUUAGUAAAAUGGGCAUCCCUCAGAUCAGAAACCCUGAACUCCCACCACCCAAUGAGAUGCCAGAGUCUUACCACACCCCUAUAGCUCUGAUUGGCUGUGGCCCAGCAUCAAUCAGCUGUGCUUCUUUCCUGGCCCGUCUGGGAUAUGAUAAUAUCAUCAUAUUUGAAAAACAGAAGUACAUUGGAGGGCUGAGCACCUCAGAAAUCCCUCAAUUCCGGCUUCCCUAUGAGGUCGUCCAGUUUGAAAUAAACCUGAUGAAGGACCUGGGAGUGAAGGUGGUGUGUGAGAAGGGUUUGGGUGUUAAUGGGAUGACUCUGAAGUCUUUGAAGGAGGACGGAUUUAAGGCUGUCUUCAUAGGGAUUGGUCUCCCACAGGCCAACAGAGCUAAAAUCUUUGAGGGUUUAACUGUGGAUCAAGGAUUCUUCACUUCCAAGGACUUUUUGCCCAUGGUGGCCUCUGCCAGCAAGAAAGGCAUGUGUCAGUGCCACUCCUCUCUGCCAGAAUUAAAGGGAGUGGUGAUUGUUUUGGGGGCUGGUGAUACUGCGUUUGACUGUGCCACCUCAGCCCUCCGCUGUGGAGCCAAAAGAGUGUACGUGUGCUUCAGGAAGGGAUUCACCAACAUUAGAGCUGUUCCUGAGGAGAUGGAGUUGGCUAAAGAGGAGCAGUGUGAGUUCCUGCCUUUUCUGUCUCCUCGUGAGGUCAUCAUGAAGAACGGGCACGUUGCCGGGUUACAGUUCUGUCGCACAGAGCAGACGGAGGAGGGUGACUGGGUGGAAGACGAGGAGCAAAUUGUCAGACUGAAGGCUGAUUACAUCAUCAGUGCCUUUGGAUCCAUCUUGAAUGAGCCACGAGUGACUGAGGCCAUGGCUCCGGUGAAGCUGAGCCGCUGGGGUACUCCAGAGGUGAACACAGACACCAUGCAGACCAGCGAGCCCUGGGUUUUUGCAGGAGGAGACAUUGCUGGUUUGGCAAACACCACAGUGGAGUCAGUGAAUGAUGGCAAACAAGCCUCAUGGCAUAUUCACAGAUACAUACAGUCCCUUCAUGGACAAAUAGUGGACCCAGUUCCAAAGUUGCCGUUGUUCCACAGUGCUAUAGACCAGGUGGACAUCAGCAUUGAGGUUUGUGGAAUCAAAUUUCCAAAUCCAUUCGGCCUGGCCUCUGCUCCUCCCACCACUAGCACAGCCAUGAUCAGAAGAGCGUUUGAACAAGGAUGGGGUUUUGCUCUGACCAAGACGUUUGGACUGGAUAAGGACCUGGUGACCAAUGUGUCUCCUCGAAUUGUGCGUGGUACAACAUCAGGUCAUAUUUAUGGACCUGGUCUGGGCUCCUUCCUCAACAUUGAGCUCAUCAGUGAGAAGACAGCAGCGUACUGGUGUCGGUCAGUGUCCGAGCUGAAAAAGGACUUCCCCAACAACGUGGUGAUCUCUAGUAUAAUGUGUGGUUACAACAAGGAAGACUGGACAGAGCUAGCCAAGAUGGCUGAGGAGUCAGGAGCAGAUGCUUUAGAGCUGAACCUGUCUUGUCCUCACGGGAUGGGAGAGAGAGGCAUGGGGCUGGCCUGUGGACAGGACCCAGUGUUGGUAAGGAACAUCUGUCGCUGGGUGCGUGCAGCCGUUUCCAUUCCAUUCUUUGCCAAACUGACACCAAAUGUAACAAAUAUUGUUGACAUUGCCAAGGCAGCCCAUGAAGGCGGAGCGGAUGGAGUCACGGCCACCAACACGGUCUCGGGUUUAAUGGAACUGAAGGCUGACGGCUCUCCCUGGCCAAGUGUUGGUGUGGGAAAACGCACAACAUACGGAGGGAUAUCUGGUAAUGCCAUCAGACCCAUUGCUCUCAGAGCAGUGUCAGCCAUUGCCAGAGCAAUUCCUGGUUUCCCUAUUCUGGCCACCGGGGGUAUCGACUCAGCAGAGACUGGACUGCAGUUUCUCCAUGCUGGGGCCUCAGUGUUACAGGUGUGUAGUGCAGUUCAGAACCAGGACUUCACAGUGAUCGAGGAUUACUGUGUGGGUCUGAAGGCCUUGCUGUAUCUAAAGAGCCUGGAGCUGAAGGACUGGGAUGGUCAGUCACCACCAACGGGGAGACAUCAGAAGGGAAAACCAGUUCCCAGACUAGAAGACCUGGUCGGACAGAGUCUCCCUAGCUUUGGCCCAUACCUCCAGCAGAAGACAGAAGCCGUUGCAGCGUACAAGAAACGGCUUCGAGAUGCUGGUGAAACCGAUGUGGUGGAAGCCAACAUCACCCAAGUCAACGUGCCCCAGAACCCUGUUCCUCGUGUCAAAGAAGUGAUAGCCAGAGCAUUGCGCUACAUUGGAGCGUACCAGGAACUUAACAACAUGGAGCAGGUCCAGGCUCUGAUAGAUGAAGAGAUGUGCAUCAACUGUGGAAAAUGUUACAUGACCUGCAAUGACUCUGGAUACCAGGCUAUAACGUUCCACCCUGAGACCCACCUCCCCUCUGUGACUGACAGCUGCACGGGUUGCACUCUGUGCCUCAGUGUCUGUCCAAUCAUAGACUGCAUCAAGAUGGUCAACAGGAAAACACCCCAUAAUCCCAACAGAGGCGUGCCCAUUAGUCCUGUCUGCUAAAGGGGAAGACAAAUCAAAAUGUUUCAGUCUGUUUUAUAAUAUAUUAUCAUGUUUGGUAAAAUGGCUGUAAAACCUGAUAACAAUAAAAACAAAAAACAUCCAACAUGUUUUUCUUCUUGAUAGAGAAAAACAUGUGCUAUAGAGUGAAUUCAUUUAUCUGAUGUAUAAUCUCAGUUUGCACUAAUGGCACCACUGAAGAGAGAGGUGGACAACCUCACACUAACUGUAAGGUAUACGAUAACUGUGUGUCAAUUGUUUCACUUUGAUUUGGUUUAUUUUGGUAAAUGUGGAUCUGAUUUUCUUCUUAUUGCAAAAAAAUUCAACUUUAAAAUGGCUUUUAUGUUAAAUGAAUUCAGAUCAAAGGAAAUGCUCCCCUGAUAAUUUCCUAUGAUUUCAAAUGUCUAUUUUUUGACACGGAAAGUCAUCUGUACCCAGGAGCACAUUUUCUAUGAAGUUGUGAGAUUGUGUACUUUAUUAAAAAUGAACUAAAUCCUGAUACAAAAAUAAUCUGUUAUAUAUGUACCAUCAGCAAAAUGUAGUGAAAUAUUAAAAAUAAGU